CUUUUAAUCCUUUUCACUAAGUAUCUCUAUUGUAAUGUGUCUGAAUCCUUAUAAAUUCUAACCCAUUUUGAAUUUAUUUCUGUUAGCUAUAAUAAGUUUUUUAUUGCCUCUUCUCAUAGUUGGUGGUAGGCAAUAACUUGCAGAUGUGGUAAUUUGCUCUUUUUUUCCCAUUCUUUAAAAAAAAGGGUAAAAACAGAUCAGUUUUUGUCCGGUCAAAACUAUAGCAAGAUUAGAAUCUGAGUUGAUGAAUGGGCCACGUGAAUAUGGUCAUCGACUUGUUAGGAAUGUACCAAAGUCGUUUUUACUCCGAAGUGUUGUGUGGCUUUAGAAGAGUUUUUUUACAUUCCCUCGUUGCCAAUCAAUGUGAAAACAAUCCACUAUUCGUACUCUCACCACUGUUUAAACUCUCCUCCUACCCACACAAAUCUUCGAACAAAUUAGAUCUCGAUAUAAAUAUUAUCUUUAAUAUAAUAAAGAAUUGUCUACAUAUUUGUCUUUAUCACAUAAACACAAUGCUUGACGAAGUCCAGUUGUUCUGUAGUCUACUAGAAUAUUAUUAUCAAUACUUUAUUCACAGUCCCCAAGAUAAUUAAGACGAUUUUGGAAAAAAAUGUAUGCCAACAGAUACUACCAAAAAACUAUGUCCUAUAUUUUCCCCAGCUCCAAAAAUGCAUUGAUCAAGCUGUCGGAAAACUCAAGAGUAUGUAAAUUAGUCUUCUUUUGCUUAAAAAAGCUUAGAAAAAAACAUGUAAAAUAGUUUCUUUUACCUCAUUGCCUCGAAUACCGAUUUACAUUAUUCUAAGCUUUUUUUAAAGCUUAAAAAUUUACUUUGGAUACUGAUUCUUUCAUGUCAUCGCCAAGCAGCAGAGAUUGUCUUUGAUGAUCUCUUCAAACUCGUAUUCUUGAGUGACAUUAAACUCUAGAGUCGAGUGGGAGAAGGGCACCAGACUUACAAAGAAGCCCGAGCCACUAGAACCACCUGGCUCCAGAUGCACGAACCCACAACUUGUAGCCAGUAAGCAAGAUGCAUCCUAAUAACACUGGCUGCAAUGUCUAACAUAAUCAAACAAAUCAAGUCUUCAGUUCCUGCAUAGAAGAUGAAGAUUAGUCUGCUAUAAAAGGCCAAGGAACCUCCAAAGCAUCGGGAUGACCACACAUCCACCAAGUCCCAUCACCAAUUGAAGCCCAAUUGACUCAUUCGAACUUUAAACCAAUACCCUGGCCUGGAUUGGAGAACCCAACACCAGUCUUUCACACACCGUUAAGCUCUAAUCGUUGGGAAACAAUCAAGAGUCGAAACAGCGGAAUCAAAACAAACAUAGAGCCACAUGAUUGACUCGGGUAACUUUAAGCCGAUUUGCAGUAGGGAGAGACAGACAGAGAGAAGUCUCAAAGGAAGAGGAUAUACUGCCAUAGACGUUGAUGAGUUAAACGAGCUAAUUCGAACUCAGAUCAUCUAGAUGAUUCAUCGGGGCAGAAGUGGUUCUCACAUGAGAGAGAAUAGAGAUGAAACCCACGGGCCUGCAUCAACAUUAAACGAUCUAUAAAUAAAUACUCUAUCCGUUUCUAAAAGAUUUAUAUUUUAGAAUUUUCAUACUUUUUAAUAAAAUAUAUUUAAACUUAGCUAUAAAUGCAUAGUUUUUUUGCAAUUUUAUAUUUCCUAUAUUUUUAAACCAAUAAGAUUUUAAAAAAUGCAAUUAAUGUUCUUGAACUUCACAAUUUCUCAUUAUUAGUUGACAAAAAUUACAUUAAAAAUAUAAAAUAUGUAUCUUUUUGAAACAAAAAUUUUCUCUAGAAUAUGGAUCUUUUAAGAAGAGAGAGAGGGAGUACGUUAUAUGCGUUUCUGAAAUCGUCCAAUUGGAGUCGGAUCGUAAGUGGGCAAAAAAAGCAUCGGACCAUAAAAAAAAAGGAACAGAAAAUUAACAGAAAAUUAUUAAAUUAACUAUAUUAGUGAUUUCUAUUGUUAUAUUGAUAUGAAACCUUCACACAUAUAUAGUAUAACAUCAAUAGAAAUGGUAGGAGAUCACUUUAUAAAGAAGUAAUCGAGAUGGUGAUAAACUUCGAGAGAAAGAGGAUAGAGAACAAAAACUACAAAAAAAUAUAUUCAAUUUUUUUGGUUUGGUAAUUUUAUUAUAUUUUAAUAUUUAAUGACUGAAUAGUUUUUUCAAAAAAAAAGAACCUAUUCUAGGUACAUAUUUUCUAAUAAUUAACACAUUAAAUAAAAAUAAUUAUUUUACCUAUUUUAAUACACAAACUUUAAAAAUUGUUGUUAAGCUUUUUAAUAUCCAAUUUUUUCGCUACAAUUUAAUACACUAACUAAUUAUUUUACUCAUUUUAGUACACAAACUUUUAAAACUGUACGCAUUUUAAUUCCUAAACUUUGUUUAUUUUAAUCAAAAAAGUUAAUAAGUUUCAAACGAAAAUUUAAAAAAUCUCUAAAAUUCACAAAAAAUCUUAAAAAAUUCUGGUUUUAUUUUAAGUAUUAGAAACAAAAGUAAUUCAAUUUUGGAUAACCUUAAAUUUUAUAAUAAAAGUUUUAAAUAUCAAAUUUAGUUUAUUUUUGGAAAUAGAACACAAAUUUAUUUAUUUUUCCUUCAAAAUAAAGUUUUUCUAAAUUUAAAAUUUUCUCCGCAAUUUAUUUACUUUAUUUCCUAUAAUUUAAAAUAAAGCUAAAAAUUUUAAGAUUGUUUUGUGAAUUUUAUAGAUUUUUAAAAAUUUCGUUUGAAACUUAUUAACUUUUUUAAUUAAAAUAAACAAAGUUUGAGUAUUAAAAUAGACACCGUUUUAAAAUUUUGUAUAUUAAAAUGGAAAAAAUAAUUAGUAAGAGUAUUAAAGUAUGUAUUGAAAAAGUUUGGGUAUUAAAAAACUUAACAAAAUUUAUGUUGGGAUAUUUUUAUAGAAUUUUUCCUUUAAUUAAAUAAAUUUAUGACCCAAAUUACUUUUGUCUGAUCCAAGAUAUAUGCUAAAUUGCUAACAAUAUAUGUAAUACACAACUGUUUCACCAAGAGGUCAAUAGCUUUCCCAGCAAGUCAAAACCUUCUCUCUCCUCUCCACCAUGACAACAUUCGCUAUCAACGGACAGCUUACCACGCUACCGGCGGUUACGACCACCGGUUGUCAUCUCUCCACUAGCAGUAAAUAUUCCGCUCCUUCUUCCUCUUACGAACUCCGCUACAAAGCUCCUUCCCCUCGCUUCCCAUCUCUUAGAUGUUGCUGCAGCUCACCUAACCGGAACACGGAGCCUUCGUCUAGGGGCCAUCUCCUUCAAUCGUUGGGGAAGUCUCUUUUCUUCGGCUCGAUUUCGUCCAGCGGCGGAGGAGGAGGAGGAGGCAGAGGUGGAGGAGAUGGUGGCUUAUGGAGGGACUUGUUCUCUCUGGCGACUCCAGUGGCCGUCGCAGCCGAGGAACACUCACCGGAGUGGGAUUCUCACGGAUUACCGGCGAACAUUGUGGUUCAGCUGAACAAACUCAGUGGUUUGAAAAAGUACAAAAUCUCCGACGUUCUCUUCUUUGACCGGCGGAGCAAAACCACCGCCUCCGCAGAAGAUUCCUUCUCCGAGAUGGUACCGAUUCAUCCAGGAAAAGUCUACACAAAAGCUCAACUUCAGAAUGAGCUAGAAACCCUAACUACUUCGGGGAUGUUCGAAAAAGUCGAUCUCUUGGGGAACACGAAACCUGACGGAGCCCUAGGUCUCACAUUCUCUUUCCUUGAGAGCACGUGGAAAAACGCGGAGAGGUUCCGUUGCAUCAACAUCGGGCUAAUGACACAACCUAACCCGAUAGCUCCUGACUCAGACAUGACGGACAGAGAGAUGAUUGAGUACAUGAGGAAGCAGGAUAAAGAAUACAAACGGAGGAUCGAGAAGGCGAGACCUUGUUUGCUUCCAGGACCAGUUCAAAGAGAGAUGAUGCUUAUGCUUAGAGACCAGACGAAUGUUAGUGCGAGGCUUCUGCGGAGGAUUGGUGAUAAAGUUUUGAAAUGGUAUCAUGACAAUGGGUAUCCGUAUGCUAAUGUUACCAACUUUGGGAACUUGAACAGCAAGGAACUUGUAUGUGAAGUUUCGGAAGGAGACAUAACAAGGCUUGUUAUCCAGUUUCAAGACAAGCUUGGUUAUGUCGUUGAAGGUCACACACAGAUUCCUAUCAUCCACAGAGAAAUUCCCAAACAGCUUCGUCCAGGUAAUGCGCUCAACAUGGAAGCUGCGAACCAAGCUGUGAAGAACAUUUUUUCUUUAAACUUGUUCUCUAACGUCGAGAUCAAUCCACGUCCUGAUGAGAAGAACGAAGGAGGUGUUGUUGUUGAGAUCAAGCUUAGGGAGGCAGAUCGGAAAUCAGCAGAAGUCAGUACAGAGUGGAGUAUUGUUCCUGGACCUGGAGGAGCUCCUUCGUUGGCUUCGCUCCAGCCAGGUGGAUCUGUUAGUUUCGAACAUAGAAACAUCCACGGUCUUAACCGAUCUCUCAUGGGUUCAGUGACCACUAGCAACCUCUUAGAUCCUGAGGUACGUACACUCGCUCGGUUUCUAUAUGAUUUUAUUCUGAUACAUAUCUGGUUCAAAACUGUACAUUUUUUUUUCUCUCAGGAUGAUCUUGCGUUUAAGCUUGAGUAUGUACACCCACAUGUAGACGGUGUUAACAAUCCUAGAAACCGUGUCUUCAAAACGAGCGCCUUCAACAGCAGGAAGCUCAGCCCAGUGUUCACUGGGGGACCCGGAUUUGAGGAACUAGUGCCUCCAUUGUUGGUGGACCGAGUUGGUAUAAAAGCUAAUAUUACCGAGAACUUCACCAGGCAGAGUAAAUCCACUUAUGGACUUGUUUUAGAAGAGAUAACAACGAGAGAUGGAAACAGUGAAAUCUCUACAAAUGGUGUGAGGUUAUUACCUAGUGGAGGAACCAGUGUUGAUGGACCUCCAACAACUCUAAGUGGCACUGGUAUUGAUCGUGUAGCCUUUCUACAAGCCAACGUAACCAGAGACAAGACCAAGUUUGUGAAUGGUGCUAUUGUUGGAGAUAGGACUGUGUUUCAGGUGGAUCAAGGGUUGGGUAUAGGAAACAAGUUCCCUUUCUUCAACCGCCACCAACUAAGUUUGACAAAAUUCAUUCAGCUUAAGCGUGUUGAACAAGGAUCCCGUAAACCACAACCGCCUGUGCUAGUCCUCCAUGGCCAUUACGGUGGCUGUGUAGGUGAUCUUCCAAGCUACGAGGCCUUUGGUAUUGGUGGACCUCACUCUGUUCGUGGCUACACCAUGGGAGAGCUAGGUGCCUCGAGAAACAUUCUCGAGUUGAGUGCUGAGAUUAGAGUCCCUGUGAAGAACACACAUGUGUAUGCAUUUGCUGAGCAUGGUAACGAUUUAGGGAGCUCAAAGGAUGUGAAAGGGAAUCCGACAGAGGCUUACAGGAGAAUGGGACAUGGCUCAUCGUAUGGUUUUGGUGUGAAACUCGGUCAAGUACGUGCUGAGUAUGCUGUAGAUCACAAUCGUGGAACCGGCGCUUUUUUUCUCCGGUUUGGAGAGAGGUAUUGAAGUUAAACCUACAAAUAAAACUCAUGUAACCUAAUCUUAGCCUUAUG